AUGGCCGACCAGCUGACGGUUCAGCUGGAGAAGCUGUCUAUCGGCAAGCUCGAGUCCUUCCCCGGCUGCUACCCCGACGUCAACCCAAUCGACAUCUACCGCUCCCACAUCACCUCGCUGCUCCACGAUGUUACGGGAGUCGAGAAGACCAUCAUCUACAAUGCUCUGCAGUGGACCCAGAGCCUGGAUAAGGGUGACAUGGUUCUGGCCGUCCCUGCCCUGCGCAUAAAGGGCAAGAAGCCUGCCGAGCUCACUGCCGAGUGGCUCGAAAAGUUCCCCGAGUCCCCCUUGAUCGAGAAGCCCAUCUCCCUCCAGAACGGCUCCUUCCUCCAGUUCUGGUUCAAGGCCGGACCCCUGUCCCAGCUCCUCAUCCCCCAGGUCCGGAACCGCGGCCAGGCCUUCGGCAAGAACCCCAACAACGGCCUCAAGAACCCCGAGGACCCUUCCCAGGGUAAGAAGAAGAUCAUUGUCGAGUUCUCCUCGCCAAACAUUGCCAAGCCUUUCCACGCCGGUCAUCUGCGAAGCACCAUCAUCGGCGGCUUCAUCGCCAACCUCUACGACGGCGCCGGCUGGGAUGUCACCCGCAUCAACUACCUCGGCGAUUGGGGCAAGCAGUAUGGCCUCCUGGCCCUGGGCUUUGAACGCUUCGGUAGCGAGGACGCCCUCAAGGCGGACCCCAUCAACCACCUGUACGAGGUCUACGUCAAGAUCAACGCUGCCAUGAGCGACGAGAAGGAGCAGAUCGCGGCCAAGGAGCAGGCUGGCGAGGACGUCGCCGCCCUCAAGGACAACAGCCUGGACGAGCAGGCCCGCAAGUACUUCAAGGCUAUGGUCGCCGGCGACGAGGCUGCCGUUGCUCAGUGGAGGCGCUUCCGUGAUCUCAGCAUCACCCGCUACAAGGAGACGUACGCCCGCCUCAACAUCCACUUUGACGAGUACUCGGGUGAGAGUCAGGUUUCCGAGCAAGACAUGGAGGCCGCGGCCAAGAAGCUCCAGGACAUGAACAUCUCGGAGGAGUCGGAGGGCGCCGUCAUCAUUGACUUCUCCAAGCACAUCCCUGGCAAAGCUGGCAAGAGCCUGGAGCGCCCCAUCAUCCGGAAGAAGGACGGCACAGCACUGUACCUGACCCGAGACAUCAGCGAGCUCCUGCACCGCGAGAAGAAGUACAACUUUGAUCACAUGAUUUACGUCGUCGCCUCCCAGCAGGAUCUGCACCUGAAGCAGCUCUUCAAGAUCAUCGAGCUGAUGGGCUACCCCGAAACGGCAAAGAAGUGCCAGCACAUCAACUUCGGCAUGGUGCUCGGAAUGAGCACGCGAAAGGGCACCGUCAAGUUCUUGGACGACAUCCUGCGCGACGUAGGAGACAAGAUGCACGAGGUGAUGAAGAAGAACGAGACCAAGUACUCCCAGGUCGAGAACCCGGAGGCUACCGCCGACAUCCUUGGCAUCAGCAGUGUCAUGGUCCAGGACAUGAGCGGAAAGAGGAUCAACAACUACAAGUUCGACAUGGACACCAUGACCUCGUUCGAGGGUGACACCGGCCCUUACCUCCAGUACGCCCACGCGCGCUUGUGCUCCAUCUUCCGCAAGGCCGGCGUUCCGGAAGAAGAGGUCGUCAAGGCCGACCUCAGCUUGUUGACGGAGAAGCAUGCCAUCGAGCUCAUCCGCGUCGUCAGCCAGUAUCCCGACGUUGUCCAGAACACGCUAAAGACGUUGGAGCCCACUACCGUGCUAACGUAUCUGUUCCGCCUCACGCACGUUGUCAGCAGCAGCUACGACGUCCUGCGCAUUGUCGGAAGCGAGCCCGAGAUCCAGAAGGCCCGCCUGGCGUUGUACUCAUCUGCCAGGACCGUGCUCUACAACGGCAUGCGUCUGCUGGGACUGUCCCCUGUCGAGAGGUGA